CCAUGGCCAAAAAUGUUUUAAAUAAUGAUUCAAGUACAAGGCUUCGAUCCAGCCUUUCGAUCAUGUCAUUGCUAUCUUCGCAUCUUAGCGAUGAGCUUGCUGGAGAAGAAGAUACUAUAUCAUUGGAUGAUAAUUAUGAUUUUGAUAGUAAUUUAGAUAAAGAAGCAUUAUGGACUGAACAUAAUAUUCGUUCGACGGAAAAAACACGGAUUCUGAAUAUCAUAGAUGAUGGUGUAAAUAGUAUGAGUGUUUCUCUAAGUUUAGAGGUCUUGAUGCAAGAUAAAGAAUUUUUAUCCACACAAUUAACAGAAAAUGAAUAUAAAACUGUUAUAAUUUGUUUCGAAAAUUAUUGGAAAGAAGAAAAGCAUCGACAUUCAAAAGUGGAAUUUAGUAAGCAUGUUAUGAAAAAUGCAGAUUUAUGUGAACUGAUAAAUAUAUUAUGUAAAAAGAAAGAUAUUUGUGCUAAAGCUCGUUUAAUAGUCUCUUCUCAUACCAAUUAUUGUAGUAUUCAUAAUGCUUUCGAAGACAUUACAGCAUUUUUUAUUAAAAAAUUAAAUACUGGCAUAAAAACUGAAAGAAAGCAUGAUUUAUUUCUUGUUGAUGUAUGGAAUAAAAAUGAAAAAGCAAAAAGGAAAAUUCAAGAAUUAGAAAUGAUAUUAAAACGAAAACAACGUACAACUUCAAAAUUAAUAGGAGAAAAAUUGGAUUAUAUUCGUUCACAUAAAGGUGCUGUGCAUUCAUUAAAAUUUGAAUGUGUCGAACAAAUUAAACGUAACGAAAAAAAAGUCGAGCGUAGAAUGAUAAACGAAGUGUAUGAAAGUGAUGAAGUAUGUAAAAAAUUGCAAGAAGAGAACAAAAGAAUACAAGACGAAUGUGAAAUAUUAUUGGCACAACAUUUAAAAGAAGAAAAAGAUGGUAGAAAAAAGAAUCUUAAAAUCGAAACACAAUUAUUUUCAUGGAUGGAAAAAUAUGAUUUAGAAAUGAUGGAACGUCAGGAUAGAUACGAUGAUCUGAAUAGAAAAUACUUGGAUGAAAAACUUUUACAUGAUGAAAUUGGACAACGACUUGAUGAACAGCAGCCAACUUAUGAUGAGUUAAUGGUCGAAAAACAUGAAUAUUUAGCAAAAGUUUGGAAUGAAAAAUAUCAAAACUUCGUUCAAAAUCUUGCAGCUAAACGUAUACAAAGAUUCUAUAGGCAGCAUAGAAAGGAUGUUUUAAAGAAAAGAAAAAUAGCUCAAGCGCAAGCCGCACGAUUAUACCAAACAAGAAAAGGGACGAAUCCGAGUAACAAAUCUUCCAAAUCUUCUAAAUAUUCCAAAAAAUGAUUCUAAUAGUUUAUUAUAGCUAUGUUAAUAAUACGAAACUUCUCGCUAUA